CAUCCCCGCCAGGGCACCUCUCCUGUGUGGAUGCUGCUCCUUGUCCCCCCCAUUGUGGGCUGCAGCAGUGAGUGCCUGGCUCUGGGCGAGCAUGGAAGGAGGCAUGUGAUUGCUGCCUCUGCUCCAGGGGGAGGCGGCUUUAGGAUUUGCAUGGGCUGAAGGCAAAAAGCUGCAACAGUCUGAUUAUUUUUAGCUGGUGUGUGGUACAGAUCACGUUGCACAGAGCAGGGGACUUGCUUUCGGAGGAGACUGUGGAUCCCAUUUCUCCUGCUCCAGAGAGGAAGGCACACACUGCUGCCUGGACAUGGCCAGCCCUGCACUAGAUCUGGAGGACAUCACCCAGCCACAGGAGUGCCCUCCUGAUGCUGCCUGCAGAGAAGCCCAGAAGUGGAUCGAGCAAGUUACGGGCAGAAGUUUUGGCGACAAAGACUUCCGUACCGGACUGGAGAAUGGAAUCCUUCUGUGCGAGUUAUUGAACGCAAUCAAGCCCGGACUAAUAAAGAAGAUUAAUAGACUACCUACACCCAUUGCCGGGUUGGAUAACAUAACAUUAUUCUUACGGGGCUGUAAAGAACUUGGUCUGAAGGAAUCUCAGCUUUUUGACCCAGGUGAUCUGCAGGACAACUCAAACAGAACAACAGUCAGACUCUCAGAUUGCAACAGGAAGCUAAGAAAUGUACUAGUCACGGUUUAUUGGCUUGGAAAAGCAGCAAACGGCUCUGCUUCCUACAGUGGAAAUGACUUGGAUUUGAAGGAAUUUGAGGGUAUGCUCGCACAGAUGAGAAAGGAAAAUGAAGAAAUUGAAAGUCCUAAAAGGAACAUCCGUGACAGUGGUUAUAUAGACUGCUGGGAUUCAGAGAGAAGUGACUCUCUAUCUCCCCCAAGACAUGGAAGAGAUGAUUCGUUUGAUAGCCUGGACUCCUUUGGCUCUCGAUCACAACAGACACCAUCUCCAGAUGUAAUUCUGAGGGGCAGCAGUGACGGAAGGGGAAGUGAUUCAGAGUCUGAUUUACCUCAUCGACGGCUACCUGAUGUUAGGAAAGAUGAUAUGUCUGCCAGACGGGUCUCUUUUGGCGAAAACAAAAUAAUAGUGCCUUUUAACCAGUACCUCCCCAACAAAAGCAACCAGACGUCAUACCUCCCAGCUCCCCUGCGCAAGAAGAAGGCUGAACGGGAGGAUUACCGAAAAAGUUGGAGUACCGCCACUUCACCACUAGGUGGAGAAAGGCCAUUCAGCCCAAUUUGCUCAGAAACUAUUGAGGAGGAACUUAGUGAGGGACACAGUGAGGAAGACGGGACCACAAUAGUGGCUCCUCUUAAAAGGUUUCUUGGAAAAGCCAACAAGCUUAAAGAGCAAUUUGAGCAGAAAGAAGAGGAUACAAAGGAUCAGUCUGAUCCAAGUGAUGUAGAGGUUCGGAAAUUAAAAAGCCUUCAAAAAGUCGGAAUUAUGGUCAUGCCUGCAGCAAAGCGAUAUAGCAGUCAAAAGCAAUCUCUUGAAGACCAUGAGCCAGACCUAGUGCUUCAGAAAGAGAACAGUAACCCAUUAAAUGUGGAUUCUGAGGAGGAAGAAGAGUACAGAGUUCCAGAUAUUGAACGAGAUGACUUGGCCACGCGGAGAGCAAGGAUGAACCAACCUAAAAUGUCAACCCCUUUUAAUCAAUAUAUACAUGGCUCCUAUAUUAAUAAAUCAAAACCUCCUCAGGAUGACUGUUUGCCUUCCACCCCUGCUUCACCUAAACAUAAUUUGCAUAAAAGCAAACCUGAAAGCCAAGGCCAAACAAUAGACUUGGCUGCUGUCAGCCUCAAGGGCAAUGUAGUCCAAAGACCUGUAGAUGUUGAGUCAGACCAAGAAGAGGAGAAGAUUCCAGAUGUACAGCGAGAUGAUUUAGCAAAGCGCAAAACUCAUGGAGUAGCCACACAUCAGAAGGAACCUAAAGUAUUUGGAACGGCCUCAAUAACCAAAGCUGACCUUGAAACCUGGCAGAGACUGAAGCUUUCUUCAGAAGAUAGUGAAAAUACUCCUGUUCAAUCGCAAGAUAACAGCCAAAGUCCUAAUAUCGAUUUAGCCAGAGCAGCAAAUGAUGAUUUUGGCAAACGCAAGUUAUCAUUGCAAGAGAAGAGGGCCAGGAAUAAGCAAAAAUUUGUGCGCUUUGGUCCAGUGACUGAAAUUGAUCAGCAAAAGUGGGAUAGACUGUGCAUUGCUAAACCUACUGCGAGUGAGGGAAAUGCCAGGGACGAACAGGUCCCCGAAAUAACGUGCGCCAAAGCAGUGUUAUCAGACAUUUCAAAAAUUGAAGUCUUGGGAACAACACCCUUACAAUACAGUCCAAGUAGGCCAGCGAAACCUGAGGUAUGUAGGUUACCAGAUGUUUCUGCACCUCCUGAAAAUGAGGCUGAUGGACAAGUCAUAGAUACCAAGCGGGAUGACAUGUUGGCGCGUAGAAUGGGAACUUUUCAGAAGUGUGCCAGAAUAAGUAAUGCUUCACCUGCACCUGAUGACUCACACAGAUGUAUAGAUCAUGGGAAAGCAUCAGAACAAAUGAUGGAAAUGAAUGGACAUAGACAGCCACUCCAAGAGGACAACCAGCACCUCAGGAGUAAGGUGCCUCCUUGCAAUGUUGGGAAACCAGACUGUGCAGAUUCUUGUAACAACCCUGAUGCAGAACAUCCUGCUUCUGUAGAAGACACCUGUAAAGUAGAUAGGAACUUGCAGAAGGACAGAAGCACUCCAGACCCGGAAAAAGAUGACAUGAUGGUCAGAAGAAUCUCAGUCAGUCAGAAACCCCCUAUUGUGGCAUUGAGUCACUUCCUGCCAGUGCCGUUUUCUGCCCAACAAAAAGUAGAGGAGAAGAAAAACAUCUGUUCGCAAGCGGAAAAUAAGCAACUGAGCUCCAUCCAGGCAGUGACUAUUUUGCCUCCUCGUACGCCCCAAACCUUUACCACCUCCACUUCUGACAGUCCAUCACAGCAAAUUGAACAGAGAAAAGCAGAAGAUUCAGUUCAGUUAAACGAUGAUGAUCUGACGAGCAAACAAAUGUGCAGCCCCAUUCAGCACAGUUCCAUCUGUGCAGAGCCUAAGUCCCAGCCUGAAGAAACUCUUGAAAGGCCUGACCUUGAAUUUUUGAGAUUCAGCAGCCUACGGUCAGAUGAAGAAGAGAGUGUAAGCAUGUUGGACAUGAGGUGUGAGGAAGAAGGAACAAUGAUACCGCAUAGCCGAGCACACCAAGAACAUCUGCAGUAUGUCAACGAUCUACUCAAAGAGGAGGAUGACACAUGGCAGAAUGACCUUGCCCGAUGGAAGACCCGCAGGAGGAGUGCAUCACAGGACUUGAUAAAGAAAGAGGAAGAAAGGAAAAAGAUGGAGAAGAUGCUUCGUGGAGAAGGUGACUUAACCGAAAGAAGAAAAAGCAUAAAAACAUAUAAAGAAAUAGUGGAGGAAAAAGAGCGCAGAGAAAGGGAAUUACAUGAAGCCUACAAAAACGCUAAGACAAAAGAGGAAGCAGACAAGAUUUUACAGAAAUACAUUGAAAGGUUUACAAUAAGUGAAGCAGUCCUCGAACGUUUAGUGAUGCCAAAAAUUCUUGAGAGAAGCCACUCAGUGGAGCCAGGCCUACUCUCCUCUACAGAGGACCCUAACCCUCUAAAGUAUCUGAGGCAGCAGUCUUUACCGUCUCCUAAAUUCACAUCUACCGUGGAGGCGACCAUAUCUCCUACUAGUGAAUCAGACUUUAAAGCACCAGCAGGUCGGACUUCGCCAACAAAAAGUGUGGUCUCCAAGGCAGUGCCUAUGCUGAUGCCCAAGCCUUACUCCCAGCCAAGAAGUACACAGCAGGUCCUAAAGACAUUUAAGGUAGAUGGAAAGAUUAAUGUCAAUGGAGAAGCAGUUAAUGGCACAGAGGAACAGAAGGAACAAGGAUCCAUUGUUAGCCCAACCUUUGCUUCCUUGCUGACCAGAUCACAGAGGUUUGAAGGUGUCGCCAGAGUGGACCUACCAGCAACUGAAUUGAAGACAGAUAUUUCUUCUAUUGAACUCAACUUGACCAGAACGAAUGUGCAUAGUCCUGAUCCAAAAGUUUUCUGUGAAGGGAUAAAUCACACAAACCAAGUGGAUGAAAUGAAUUCGUCUUUGACUGACAAUGUCCACACAGAACAGAUUAAAGAUUGCACAAAACCUCCUAUCCUUAGCAGUGAAGAACCCGCUGUGACCAACUUAGUGUCACUGUCCGUCAUGACAACUGAACCUACUGUAAAUGGAAAUGAUCUGGAAGAAGAGCAAAAAGAUGUCUCCAAAUCAAAGGUUAUGCAUUGGUCUUUGGAUUCCUCUAAGGAACAGAAUGAUACUGCCCUGUGUAAGGACAAGAGAAAGCCUGAAGAUGACAAAGAUGCACUACAGAAAGAGAAGCAUGGAGAGCCAGAAGUCAGUGGGAACCCAGCAAGUGGCAUCCAGUAUGAAUUUUCUAAGAAUUUGACAGAACAACACAAAAUGGCUAGUUUCUUGUCUGGUCCGAUUAACACUGACCAAUGGUUGGCUGAGGCUACUCAAGUUUUUUCAGAUCAAAAUAUUGACUGUAUAGAUACACCAGGUAACCUCAAAUCCGUCUUUAAAGAACUAUACGUGUGUUAUAGGGACAAUAUCAAGUCCUGGUGGGAGACUCAGUCUCUAGAAAAUUACAUAAAAUCUGAAAUAGUCCCCAAAGGACUACGAAUUUUUAUUUCCCCUGCCAUUAGAUCCCAAACACCAGAGCUAUUAUUAAAGUGGGAAAAAACCCUGACAGAAAGCUCUCUCAAUCUUAUGCGUUUACUACUGACAGAGGAACGAGGAACCUUGGAAAGAACCUCUGCCAGAUUAAACACUGCUAUUGAGCAAACUCUUAAAUUCAAGGAAGAUCCUGACUUCUCUAGAAGAGAGAACAACUUACAGAUCUCUGUUGAGAGAUACCAUACCUCUAUAAAAGAGAGGAAACAUAACCAAUAUAAAAAAGACCUCCUUGAAUUUAAAGAAAAACGGGCAUAUAAUAAUCUAGGGGAAAAGCCCAAAUCGGCAACAAAAGAAAUCUCUUCCUCAGAACUAGAUACCUCGGACACAGAUAGAUCUGCUGACUAUAGUUCCCGAGGGAAGCCCAGAUACAGAGGAUCAAAAGGACCUAGAGGUCGCAGGGGAAAAUACCAAAAAUGGGGAACCAAUACCAGAAACGACCCACAUACUACAUACUCAGAAGCAUCUUGUUCAUCUGGCUCUGGCUUGCCUUCCAAUUUUUUAGGUGAUAUGGAGGAAAGUGUAAAACUUGGGAUUCCAUUGAAUGAACUUCCUCUGGUCAGAAAUUUGGCCGACCUUAUGUCAGAGGGGGAAAGAAAAAUAGGGGAAGGUCCCUUCACCAACCUUAAACCAAAAAGCACCAAACUCCCUCCCCCAACAGAAAAUAGCUCCAUUGACUUGUUUUUGACAAUAGUAACCAAAGAGCUAGAAAAAUUAGACAACAAACAGCCCAAAAAUGGCUCAAAUUUGAAUAAAAAUGAAAUAGAGGCCAUGAUGCAAAUUCAAUCAAACCAUGAUAUUAUUUUAAAACCAUCUGACAAAGGUGGCAAUUUGAAUGGGACUAUUACUACAAGGACUCACAGAAAACCUACUGCAACCAACAGUUUGCUGAGGUGGGAAAGCCAUCAUCCUGAAAAUCUGAAGUGUGGUAUCCCUAAGGGACAAUAUUUGCGAGUCCGCAGAAACUGCACUACCCAGAGCGAUUUCUUCAGCCAAGCUAAAGACCUAAAAAACAGGUUUAACCAAAGAGGAAUGGCUAGUUUCUUGUCUGGUCCGAUUAACACUGACCAAUGGUUGGCUGAGGCUACUCAAGUUUUUUCAGAUCAAAAUAUUGACUGUAUAGAUACACCAGGUAACCUCAAAUCCGUCUUUAAAGAACUAUACGUGUGUUAUAGGGACAAUAUCAAGUCCUGGUGGGAGACUCAGUCUCUAGAAAAUUACAUAAAAUCUGAAAUAGUCCCCAAAGGACUACGAAUUUUUAUUUCCCCUGCCAUUAGAUCCCAAACACCAGAGCUAUUAUUAAAGUGGGAAAAAACCCUGACAGAAAGCUCUCUCAAUCUUAUGCGUUUACUACUGACAGAGGAACGAGGAACCUUGGAAAGAACCUCUGCCAGAUUAAACACUGCUAUUGAGCAAACUCUUAAAUUCAAGGAAGAUCCUGACUUCUCUAGAAGAGAGAACAACUUACAGAUCUCUGUUGAGAGAUACCAUACCUCUAUAAAAGAGAGGAAACAUAACCAAUAUAAAAAAGACCUCCUUGAAUUUAAAGAAAAACGGGCAUAUAAUAAUCUAGGGGAAAAGCCCAAAUCGGCAACAAAAGAAAUCUCCUCCUCAGAACUAGAUACCUCGGACACAGAUAGAUCUGCUGACUAUAGUUCCCGAGGGAAGCCCAGAUACAGAGGAUCAAAAGGACCUAGAGAUACAGAGAUAGACAUACUCACUAGGGGUACCUCCUUCGUGCCAACUACCAGGUACAAUUCCUUUUCUUGGGUGAAGGACCUACACCUGUUUUGUCGUAAACUAAAAUGGCAGAAAUUUUUUAAACACAGUGAUAUGGAGGAAAGUGUAAAACUUGGGAUUCCAUUGAAUGAACUUCCUCUGGUCAGAAAUUUGGCCGACCUUAUGUCAGAGGGGGAAAGAAAAAUAGGGGAAGGUCCCUUCACCAACCUUAAACCAAAAAGCACCAAACUCCCUCCCCCAACAGAAAAUAGCUCCAUUGACUUGUUUUUGACAAUAGUAACCAAAGAGCUAGAAAAAUUAGACAACAAACAGCCCAAAAAUGGCUCAAAUUUGAAUAAAAAUGAAAUAGAGGCCAUGAUGCAAAUUCAAUCAAACCAUGAUAUUAUUUUAAAACCAUCUGACAAAGGUGGCAAUUUGGUGGCUAUGAAUCACCAAGAAUAUAAACGAAUGUGUAAUACCAUCCUAAAUGACAAAAAUUACUAUCAGAUUCUUGGAGCCGACCCUACAGAUAUUUUUACUAGGGACCUUGAAAUCAUCUUGAUAGAAGCCCUAGAGAAUAAAGUAAUAUCAAAUGAUGAAGUGAAAUUCAUACUAGUACCAUACCCCCAAAUUGCCACCUUUUACACUAUUCCUAAAAUCCAUAAAGGACUAAGCCCAUUAAAAGGACGCCCUAUCGUCUCAGGUAUUAAUUCCCUUACACAAAAUGCGGGUAUCUACAUUGAUAAGAUCCUGAGAGAUUAUGUCACAGCCCUUCCCUCCUACAUUAGGGAUACGUCCGAUCUAUUGAGCAGGAUAGACGGUAUACAUCUUGAAGACGAUAUUCUCAUAGCCUCUAUUGAUGUAGAGGCCUUAAUGGCUAGUUUCUUGUCUGGUCCGAUUAACACUGACCAAUGGUUGGCUGAGGCUACUCAAGUUUUUUCAGAUCAAAAUAUUGACUGUAUAGAUACACCAGGUAACCUCAAAUCCGUCUUUAAAGAACUAUACGUGUGUUAUAGGGACAAUAUCAAGUCCUGGUGGGAGACUCAGUCUCUAGAAAAUUACAUAAAAUCUGAAAUAGUCCCCAAAGGACUACGAAUUUUUAUUUCCCCUGCCAUUAGAUCCCAAACACCAGAGCUAUUAUUAAAGUGGGAAAAAACCCUGACAGAAAGCUCUCUCAAUCUUAUGCGUUUACUACUGACAGAGGAACGAGGAACCUUGGAAAGAACCUCUGCCAGAUUAAACACUGCUAUUGAGCAAACUCUUAAAUUCAAGGAAGAUCCUGACUUCUCUAGAAGAGAGAACAACUUACAGAUCUCUGUUGAGAGAUACCAUACCUCUAUAAAAGAGAGGAAACAUAACCAAUAUAAAAAAGACCUCCUUGAAUUUAAAGAAAAACGGGCAUAUAAUAAUCUAGGGGAAAAGCCCAAAUCGGCAACAAAAGAAAUCUCCUCCUCAGAACUAGAUACCUCGGACACAGAUAGAUCUGCUGACUAUAGUUCCCGAGGGAAGCCCAGAUACAGAGGAUCAAAAGGACCUAGAGGUCGCAGGGGAAAAUACCAAAAAUGGGGAACCAAUACCAGAAACGACCCACAUACUACAUACUCAGAAGCAUCUUGUUCAUCUGGCUCUGGCUUGCCUUCCAAUUUUUUAGGAUCAGGGGGGAUCCCUGAUAUGGAGGAAAGUGUAAAACUUGGGAUUCCAUUGAAUGAACUUCCUCUGGUCAGAAAUUUGGCCGACCUUAUGUCAGAGGGGGAAAGAAAAAUAGGGGAAGGUCCCUUCACCAACCUUAAACCAAAAAGCACCAAACUCCCUCCCCCAACAGAAAAUAGCUCCAUUGACUUGUUUUUGACAAUAGUAACCAAAGAGCUAGAAAAAUUAGACAACAAACAGCCCAAAAAUGGCUCAAAUUUGAAUAAAAAUGAAAUAGAGGCCAUGAUGCAAAUUCAAUCAAACCAUGAUAUUAUUUUAAAACCAUCUGACAAAGGUGGCAAUUUGGUGGCUAUGAAUCACCAAGAAUAUAAACGAAUGUGUAAUACCAUCCUAAAUGACAAAAAUUACUAUCAGAUUCUUGGAGCCGACCCUACAGAUAUUUUUACUAGGGACCUUGAAAUCAUCUUGAUAGAAGCCCUAGAGAAUAAAGUAAUAUCAAAUGAUGAAGUGAAAUUCAUACUAGUACCAUACCCCCAAAUUGCCACCUUUUACACUAUUCCUAAAAUCCAUAAAGGACUAAGCCCAUUAAAAGGACGCCCUAUCGUCUCAGGUAUUAAUUCCCUUACACAAAAUGCGGGUAUCUACAUUGAUAAGAUCCUGAGAGAUUAUGUCACAGCCCUUCCCUCCUACAUUAGGGAUACGUCCGAUCUAUUGAGCAGGAUAGACGGUAUACAUCUUGAAGACGAUAUUCUCAUAGCCUCUAUUGAUGUAGAGGCCUUCCCAAUUCGCUCAGAAACUAUUGAGGAGGAACUUAGUGAGGGACACAGUGAGGAAGACGGGACCACAAUAGUGGCUCCUCUUAAAAGGUUUCUUGGAAAAGCCAACAAGCUUAAAGAGCAAUUUGAGCAGAAAGAAGAGGAUACAAAGGAUCAGUCUGAUCCAAGUGAUGUAGAGGUUCGGAAAUUAAAAAGCCUUCAAAAAGUCGGAAUUAUGGUCAUGCCUGCAGCAAAGCGAUAUAGCAGUCAAAAGCAAUCUCUUGAAGACCAUGAGCCAGACCUAGUGCUUCAGAAAGAGAACAGUAACCCAUUAAAUGUGGAUUCUGAGGAGGAAGAAGAGUACAGAGUUCCAGAUAUUGAACGAGAUGACUUGGCCACGCGGAGAGCAAGGAUGAACCAACCUAAAAUGUCAACCCCUUUUAAUCAAUAUAUACAUGGCUCCUAUAUUAAUAAAUCAAAACCUCCUCAGGAUGACUGUUUGCCUUCCACCCCUGCUUCACCUAAACAUAAUUUGCAUAAAAGCAAACCUGAAAGCCAAGGCCAAACAAUAGACUUGGCUGCUGUCAGCCUCAAGGGCAAUGUAGUCCAAAGACCUGUAGAUGUUGAGUCAGACCAAGAAGAGGAGAAGAUUCCAGAUGUACAGCGAGAUGAUUUAGCAAAGCGCAAAACUCAUGGAGUAGCCACACAUCAGAAGGAACCUAAAGUAUUUGGAACGGCCUCAAUAACCAAAGCUGACCUUGAAACCUGGCAGAGACUGAAGCUUUCUUCAGAAGAUAGUGAAAAUACUCCUGUUCAAUCGCAAGAUAACAGCCAAAGUCCUAAUAUCGAUUUAGCCAGAGCAGCAAAUGAUGAUUUUGGCAAACGCAAGUUAUCAUUGCAAGAGAAGAGGGCCAGGAAUAAGCAAAAAUUUGUGCGCUUUGGUCCAGUGACUGAAAUUGAUCAGCAAAAGUGGGAUAGACUGUGCAUUGCUAAACCUACUGCGAGUGAGGGAAAUGCCAGGGACGAACAGGUCCCCGAAAUAACGUGCGCCAAAGCAGUGUUAUCAGACAUUUCAAAAAUUGAAGUCUUGGGAACAACACCCUUACAAUACAGUCCAAGUAGGCCAGCGAAACCUGAGGUAUGUAGGUUACCAGAUGUUUCUGCACCUCCUGAAAAUGAGGCUGAUGGACAAGUCAUAGAUACCAAGCGGGAUGACAUGUUGGCGCGUAGAAUGGGAACUUUUCAGAAGUGUGCCAGAAUAAGUAAUGCUUCACCUGCACCUGAUGACUCACACAGAUGUAUAGAUCAUGGGAAAGCAUCAGAACAAAUGAUGGAAAUGAAUGGACAUAGACAGCCACUCCAAGAGGACAACCAGCACCUCAGGAGUAAGGUGCCUCCUUGCAAUGUUGGGAAACCAGACUGUGCAGAUUCUUGUAACAACCCUGAUGCAGAACAUCCUGCUUCUGUAGAAGACACCUGUAAAGUAGAUAGGAACUUGCAGAAGGACAGAAGCACUCCAGACCCGGAAAAAGAUGACAUGAUGGUCAGAAGAAUCUCAGUCAGUCAGAAACCCCCUAUUGUGGCAUUGAGUCACUUCCUGCCAGUGCCGUUUUCUGCCCAACAAAAAGUAGAGGAGAAGAAAAACAUCUGUUCGCAAGCGGAAAAUAAGCAACUGAGCUCCAUCCAGGCAGUGACUAUUUUGCCUCCUCGUACGCCCCAAACCUUUACCACCUCCACUUCUGACAGUCCAUCACAGCAAAUUGAACAGAGAAAAGCAGAAGAUUCAGUUCAGUUAAACGAUGAUGAUCUGACGAGCAAACAAAUGUGCAGCCCCAUUCAGCACAGUUCCAUCUGUGCAGAGCCUAAGUCCCAGCCUGAAGAAACUCUUGAAAGGCCUGACCUUGAAUUUUUGAGAUUCAGCAGCCUACGGUCAGAUGAAGAAGAGAGUGUAAGCAUGUUGGACAUGAGGUGUGAGGAAGAAGGAACAAUGAUACCGCAUAGCCGAGCACACCAAGAACAUCUGCAGUAUGUCAACGAUCUACUCAAAGAGGAGGAUGACACAUGGCAGAAUGACCUUGCCCGAUGGAAGACCCGCAGGAGGAGUGCAUCACAGGACUUGAUAAAGAAAGAGGAAGAAAGGAAAAAGAUGGAGAAGAUGCUUCGUGGAGAAGGUGACUUAACCGAAAGAAGAAAAAGCAUAAAAACAUAUAAAGAAAUAGUGGAGGAAAAAGAGCGCAGAGAAAGGGAAUUACAUGAAGCCUACAAAAACGCUAAGACAAAAGAGGAAGCAGACAAGAUUUUACAGAAAUACAUUGAAAGGUUUACAAUAAGUGAAGCAGUCCUCGAACGUUUAGUGAUGCCAAAAAUUCUUGAGAGAAGCCACUCAGUGGAGCCAGGCCUACUCUCCUCUACAGAGGACCCUAACCCUCUAAAGUAUCUGAGGCAGCAGUCUUUACCGUCUCCUAAAUUCACAUCUACCGUGGAGGCGACCAUAUCUCCUACUAGUGAAUCAGACUUUAAAGCACCAGCAGGUCGGACUUCGCCAACAAAAAGUGUGGUCUCCAAGGCAGUGCCUAUGCUGAUGCCCAAGCCUUACUCCCAGCCAAGAAGUACACAGCAGGUCCUAAAGACAUUUAAGGUAGAUGGAAAGAUUAAUGUCAAUGGAGAAGCAGUUAAUGGCACAGAGGAACAGAAGGAACAAGGAUCCAUUGUUAGCCCAACCUUUGCUUCCUUGCUGACCAGAUCACAGAGGUUUGAAGGUGUCGCCAGAGUGGACCUACCAGCAACUGAAUUGAAGACAGAUAUUUCUUCUAUUGAACUCAACUUGACCAGAACGAAUGUGCAUAGUCCUGAUCCAAAAGUUUUCUGUGAAGGGAUAAAUCACACAAACCAAGUGGAUGAAAUGAAUUCGUCUUUGACUGACAAUGUCCACACAGAACAGAUUAAAGAUUGCACAAAACCUCCUAUCCUUAGCAGUGAAGAACCCGCUGUGACCAACUUAGUGUCACUGUCCGUCAUGACAACUGAACCUACUGUAAAUGGAAAUGAUCUGGAAGAAGAGCAAAAAGAUGUCUCCAAAUCAAAGGUUAUGCAUUGGUCUUUGGAUUCCUCUAAGGAACAGAAUGAUACUGCCCUGUGUAAGGACAAGAGAAAGCCUGAAGAUGACAAAGAUGCACUACAGAAAGAGAAGCAUGGAGAGCCAGAAGUCAGUGGGAACCCAGCAGUGUUUCAGCCCCUUCUAAAUUCCCCGAGUCGAUUUUGUGCUUGGGACCCAGAAGAAGAGCGGAGACGACAAGAGCGAUGGCAGCAAGAACAAGAAAGGUUGCUUCAGGAAAGAUACCAAAAAGAACAAGAGAAAUUAAAGGAGGAGUGGGAGAAGGCUCAGAAGGAGGUGGAAGAGGAGGAACGUAAAUACUAUGAGGAGGAAAGGAAGAUCAUAGAAGACACAGUGCUGCCGUUGACCGUGUCACCAGUCAGCAGUGCCCAUCAUGGCUUAUCUGAAACAACUGGGAAUUCUGUGUCCCACCAAAGUGAACCAGGACCAGCAGUGCAGGGGGAGCCCUGGACACCAGACAGAAAUCAUCUAAUGGACGAUUCACACUCUGCCAAAAACAAAGUACAGACUAGCCAGUUAUUAACCAGAGAAGGAUCUGUUCAUAGAGCCGCCGAGGAUCAAACAAAAAGGAACACCAAUACUGAAACUGAAGCGUCUACAGCAGAAAAGGAAACGGAUGGGAAGCCAGGACAUCCGCACAAUGCUUCUACCAAACUUCACCUUCCGUUAGGAACGACCCCAGAGUCACAUUUAUCUGAGAAUGGUAAUAACGGUGUGGAUGAUAAUAAUGUCCAGCAAAUGACGCUCUUCUUGGAUUCAAAAAGAUCUGACUUCCAGGACAGCCCCAGGGACAUCGGCUACUCCUCACCUUCUCCGACAUCACAGAGCCAGUCACUCAACAGGUCUGUAAGUGGAAAGAAGUUGUGCUCUACAUGUGGACUUCCUCUUGGCAAGGGGGCAGCCAUGAUUAUUGAAACACUCAGCCUGUAUUUUCACAUCCAGUGCUUCAAGUGUGGAAUCUGUAAGGGACAGCUUGGCAGCGCAACUACUGGGACAGACGUCAGGAUCCGCAAUGGCCUGUUAAACUGCAAUGACUGUUAUGCAAGAUCCAGAACGGCGGGUCACCCUACCCCAUUGUGAUUCCAGCACUAGCCAUGAAGACCUUCCAUAGAGAAGAGCUCCCACUCUCCCAAGAAGGCGGACUUCAGACAAUCACUUUUACCUGCAGAGAUUCUGACACUCAUCUCAUGUCGAGAAAGGAGAACUGUGUGUGGUGCUUGCUAGUAUACUACAUGAUUUGCUUAACAUAUGCAGACCUUCAUUUGCAAAACAAAUCCAGUAGAUUUGAAUCUAACAGACACCACCGAAGAGUCUUGUGAAUUUGCCAAGAAGAGUUUGGUCAGGGCCUGGUUUACAAAUUACCCCUCACGCUGGGGUGGGAAGGUGUGACGUGCCCUGGAGGUGCCUCUUUUAAACCUAUGUAAGGUGCAGCUGAUUGUAUAUCCACUCAUAGGGCUACAUGAUAUGCACACGUAACCAGCAAACACACCGCCAGACUUACAUCCGUGAGGGUUGUGACAUACUGAGGCACUGCUCAGACCUGUGACGUGGACCCUCCAAGUCCUGCUUACUGGUGUCCAGUGGUUUGCACCUUCAUUGCUUAUGGGCCAUGUAAGUGAUCACAGAUGGCAGGUUUAGGUUAGGUAACACUGAUCGUACCAUGAGUCUUACAUACAAGGUAUAUACAUAUAUACUCUAAUAUUGGGUCACUUUGACACAGUCCUUCCAGCAUUUGAAAACAAUAGUUGAUUUAUCUGUGUGAAAUGUAAAGUUUGCAGACAGCUAACGGAUGGGAAUGUUCUUGGGUAUAGACAUUCUAGCACAAUAAAUUUGCUGUUUCGGUCUCUCAUCAUAGAAUGUAAUCGCAAUUAGAUUCUGUUCAAUGCAUACACUAGCAUAAAUGAUGCCUUAUCAUACACGCAUACACUUAAUAUCCAGCAGCAUUUCAGUAUUUUUUAUUUUUUUUGCAUUACAUGUAAGUAAUCCAUGGAUAUUCAGUUGCAUUUAUUCAUUGUGGCACUAGAUGGCGGUAUCACAUUCAGGAUAGCGCUAGUGGCCAUUGGUGCUUCGGCCACUAUAUAGUGAGGUAUGGACUGAUUUGUGUUUACACUGAGUGUUGGGUUUGGCACAAGGAUGACAGUUUUUUUUAUUUUCUUUACAUCUAUAGCGUUGUUGCUUCGCACACCACUGAUAGGAUUUGGACAGGCCUGGUCUCUGCCGUAACGUGCGCUACAAAUGAGGGGACUGAAUGCUGAUGUGACAGAUUGUUACUAUAGCUGCCUCUGUUUCCAAAAAGUGCUGCAUAGAAAAGAGACAAAACCAUUUUGUUUUUUAUAUUUCAGAAUGUGGUUUUCUGAUGACUGGUAACGUGAGAGCUCAGAUGAGUUUGACAGGUAACCUGAGUGCUCAGAUGAGUUUGACUGGUAACCUGAGUGCUCAGAUGAAUUUGACUGGUAACCUGAGUACUCCAAUGAGUUUGACUGGUAACCUGAGUGCUCCGAUGAGUUUGACUGGUAACCUGAGUGCUCCGAUGAGUUUGACUGGUAACCUGAGAGCUCAGAUGAGUUUGACUGGUAACCUGAGUGCUCCGAUGAGUUUGACUGGUAACCUGAGUGCUCCGAUGAGUUUGACUGGUAACCUGAGUGCUCCGAUGAGUUUGACUGGUAACCUGAGUGCUCCGAUGAGUUUGACAGGUGACCUGAGUGCUCCGAUGAGUUUGACUGGUAACCUGAGUGCUCAGAUGAGUUUGACUGGUAACCUGAGUACUCAGAUGAGUUUGACUGGUAACCUGAGUGCUCCGAUGAGUUUGACUGGUAACCUGAGUGCUCCGAUGAGUUUGACUGGUAACCUGAGUGCUCCGAUGAGUUUGACUGGUAACCUGAGAGCUCAGAUGAGUUUGACUGGUAACCUGAGUGCUCAGAUGAGUUUGACUGGUAACCUGAGUGCUCCGAUGAGUUUGACUGGUAACCUGAGUGCUCCGAUGAGUUUGACUGGUAACCUGAGUGCUCCGAUGAGUUUGACAGGUAACCUGAGUGUUCCGAUGAGUUUGACAGGUAGCCUGACUGCUCCGAUGAGUUUGACAGGUAACCUGAGUGCUCCGAUGAGUUUGACAGGUGACCUGAGUGCUCCGAUGAGUUUGACUGGUAACCUGAGUGCUCAGAUUAGUUUGCGGCUUGACCUUCACAUUCUAAAGGAAUUACACAUGAUCGGAAUGUUGUAAAUGAUGUUAAAAUCCUGAGCCGGUUUGAAAAGACAAGGAUGUAUCUAGAAGGGUAACGAAACUUGACCGUAGUAGGUACCUACAUGCACAAGUAUCUAUUGGAUACCCCAGCGAUCGUGUCCUCUGACUGUCCUCAGUGUAUUAGAGGCUGCGUCAUGUCUAGUUUCCAGUGAUGGGAAGAGAAUAGAAUGCAGCUCUGCUGUUGCACAAGAAAUACUAUGUCUUCUCGAGCCGGUAGCAACUAUUUAUUUUAGUGCUAGCACUGAUUACUUUGCAUGUCGUCAUCAGAUAGGUUCUUUAUUAUGUCAUCACCAUGUAUGGGUUUGACACAUUUGCAACACUCGAUAUAUAUAUAUAUAUUGCAACAUACAAAUAGUGCCUUAAAAUGCAGAACUGUUGCAUGUUCCUGCAGGUGCAACAGGGGCAAUAAAGCUACAUUAUUUAGGAAGGCGAGGGAGACAGUGUGGGGUCUAAGAUAUGCUUCUCAUACAGCUGUAGCUUGUAAUGUAAAGGAAAAUAUAUUUUAAAAAAUAGAUUUUUUUUUUUUCCUGUUGUGUUUUGCAUGGAUCCGGUUUUCCAUAACUGAUGUUUACAUGUUGCAUGGUGUCUGUAGACUUUAUUUCUGCACCUCAGAAAAAGCGCCCAGUACAGAAUCAUUGUUUUAUAACCUGUAUUCGCACAUGCCGUACGAUUCUCUUCUUCUCGGAUCAUCUGUCCUUUUUAUAUUGGAUGGGGUUUAAUAUUUACCUGCAUUAUCACAUAUGGUGCAGCAUGUACAUACCAUCCGAAAUUCCAUGCUUUAAUAAACCGUUCACCAGCACGCUGUAAGAAUUUAGUUUUCUACGUUCUCUACCAGCUACCUUGAUACAUUGGUGUGUAUGUGUUGCGUCACAGCCUCUUUUUAGACACUUUCUGAAUGAAUGGACUUUCCAGUUAAAUCCUAACCUAUAGCUACACUCAAAACCCCUAAAUUCACUUGUGACUGCAGUUAAUAUCCCAACUGCCCCCAGUAUAAUCUUACUGCCUCAAGAAGCUUAAGUAAGCAGUUAUUUGGUGGGUUCUAUGGACAGUCCAGCUGCGUUGGGUCCCGUUUCAUAUCUGUGACAUGGCGCUGCAGGACUACAUAGCCAAAAAUCUUUUUUUUUUUUUAACCCUCCACCUCUAUUUUAUUAGUCCAGGAAAGGAAAUUAUCUGCGAAUACCAUUUCCCCUCCAUGUCACAGUACAGAUAACCCAGUCUACAGCAAUGUGACGACCCACCCAGACAGCCCCCAUGUCUGAACUUUGAAGGAUGGGGCAUUGAGACGUCCUGCAGACACACCUGAAUUUUAUGGUUGUCCAUCCUCCUGAGAACUUCUUAUAAGUAUCUGUUUUAUGUCCGAGUUACCAAAUACGUGUGUUAUUGCCUUGUAUAUUUUGCUAACAGUACAUCGGUGUGCGUUCUGCUGCUGAUCCUUGUGGCGCAGUGAUAUAAAAUCUUCUCUGUACUUCUGGUGUUGAGUACUAAUCUUGUCAGUACUUAUGGAAACGUAUUUUUGGUGUUCUUUUGUUUCUUUUAUACAUUUACUCAGACAAUUAUGAACUUCACCAAUAGAACAGGCCUGCUCUUCCGACAUCAGAACUCGCCAUGCUUAGUGAUCCCGAGAACGUGAGCUAGCCGCUGUAUCUGUGUUAAUUCUGUCUGUUGUGACGUUAUACUGGUUUGGUGCAUAUUGCCUUAACUGCGGAACAAUGUUGUGUCCGGUUCCUAUGUCCUAUCUGGUUCAUAUAACACUAAAGAUUUGGCAAAUAGAUGAAUAAAAAACCGAAAACAUGCAACAGCUUUUAUAGUACAUGUAUGUUUUUAAAUAAAACAUUGGACAACA